AGUGUGGGGCGUUGGGCUGCCGGGUCUUGGGGCCGCGUCUAGGCGGGGACUCGGGGACCUGUGCGUCCGCGUCCGUCCCGCGCGCCGCGUGGCUCGGAAGACACGGGCGGCAGCGAACUGCCCGGCUGGCACUGCGCGGUGGCGGGCUUGGCGGCGGCGUGACAGCUUCUUGCAGGAGUGACCAGGACCUCAUCUUCCAGAAGUAAUGCCCACAGAAAGCGGGAGUUGUUCAGCUGCUCGCCAAGCAAAACAGAAGCGCAAAUCUCACAGCCUUUCCAUACGGAGAACUAACAGCUCAGAGCAGGAGAGGACGGGCCUGCCCAGAGACAUGUUAGAGGGACAGGAUUCUAAGCUGCCUUCCUCGGUUCGCAGUACUCUUCUGGAACUGUUUGGUCAAAUAGAAAGAGAAUUUGAAAACCUUUAUAUUGAAAACUUAGAAUUGCGUAGAGAAAUUGAGACUCUUAAUGAGCGCUUAGCAGCUGAAGGACAAGCGAUUGAUGGAGCAGAACUGAGUAAGGGCCAACUCAAGACGAAAGCCAGUCACAGCACCAGCCAGCUUUCUCAGAAACUGAAGACCACCUACAAGGCCUCCACCAGCAAGAUCGUCUCCAGCUUCAAGACCACCACAUCCCGGGCAGUGUGCCAGCUCGUGAAGGAGUACAUCGGCCACCGGGAUGGCAUCUGGGACGUCAGUGUGGCAAGGACACAGCCCGUGGUGCUGGGGACGGCGUCUGCUGAUCACACGGCUCUGCUGUGGAGUAUCGAGACGGGGCGGAGCCUCGCCAAGUACACAGGCCACGUGGGGUCAGUAAAUUCCAUAAAAUUCCAUCCAUCAGAACAGUUGGCGCUCACUGCCUCUGGAGAUCAGACUGCCCACGUGUGGAGGUAUGCAGUCCAGCUGCCUGCUCCUCAGCCUGUGGCCGACUCUAGUCAGCAGCUCUGUGGCGAGGACGAAGUGGAGUGCUCUGACAAGGACGAGCCUGAUGCAGACGCCGACCCGUCCAGCGAAUGUCCCACCAUCCGGGCGCCACUGACAUCUCUGAAGAGCCACCAGGGCGUGGUCAUAGCUGCUGACUGGCUGGUUGGUGGGAAGCAGGCAGUGACAGCCUCCUGGGACAGAACGGCCAACCUGUACGAUGUGGAGACGUCAGAGCUCGUCCACUCCCUGACAGGGCAUGACCAGGAGCUGACGCACUGCUCCACUCACCCGACCCAGCGGCUGGUGGUGACCUCCUCCCGCGACACGACAUUCCGUCUGUGGGACUUCCGCGACCCUUCCAUCCACUCUGUGAACGUGUUCCAGGGACACACGGACACUGUGACCUCUGCUGUGUUCACCGUGGGAGAUAACGUGGUCUCUGGCAGUGAUGAUCGCACCGUGAAGGUCUGGGACCUGAAGAACAUGCGGUCCCCCAUUGCCACCAUCCGCACAGACUCUGCCAUCAACAGGAUCAAUGUGUGUGUUGGCCAAAAAAUCAUUGCCCUCCCCCAUGACAACCGCCAGGUGAGGCUGUUCGACAUGUCGGGUGUGCGGCUGGCCAGGCUCCCGCGCAGCAGUCGGCAGGGCCACCGGCGGAUGGUGUGUGGCUCAGCCUGGAGCGAGGACCACCCUGUGUGCAACCUGUUCACCUGUGGUUUUGACCGGCAGGCCAUCGGCUGGAACAUCAACAUCCCGGCGCUGCUACAGGAGAAGUGAGGGUGCUGUUCCGAGGCUCCCGCCGGCCGGGACCGUGCCUGCCGGCUCGCUGGGCGCUGGGACGCCGCGGCUGUGGGCGGUGGACCUGAGCAGGGCGCUCUCUCCUCACUGUACCCAGCUUGCAUGAAGUGUCCAGAGGUGUGCCCUGUUGUUUCUUUCUGUUUUGUGUGUGUGGGCAUUGCGGCCGUGAGGUGGAGCCCCUUCCAUGGCCGCUGGUGUAGUGAGUCCCUGGAGUGUCGGGUGACAGGAGGGCGGGGCAUCUGGAGCGAUGGUGCAUGUGUGCCUGUCCAGUGGGAGUGGGCAAAGACCUCACGUCUGUGUGGGGUUCUAGCGUGUGCUGACUCAGCUUCACCUCUGUGUUCUGUUACAGUUGUGAAAUCUGCUUGGAUUUUAGAAGUUAAAAAAAGCGUAGAAUGUUGAAUUUGCAACAUUUGGACAUUUUCUUUUGAAAAGAAAAAAUUUCUGCUCUUUUUAUGGAAAACCAUUUCAAUCUCCUGAGGUAUCUCAUGCUGGCAAAUUCUGAAAUAGAAUGGUUCUAAUCACUGAUUCCAGAUAUUAAGUAAAAUUUAAAGCACUUUAGUUUAUAGCUGUGGUUAUAAACAGUUUUUAGAAGUUUCAGAUGACUUAUCCAUUGAAUGUGACUUGACCUUUCUAGAAAGCCCUGCUACCUGAAGACAAACCUUAUUUAUUUUCUACACCUUGGGUUUGCAUGUUUCCAAGUAGGUUCACUUCCUGGUGGCAUCUGAGAGCCAGCAAUGCAAAUAAAUGAGUUCUACCUCAGACAUGAAGUAUUUGGGAAACUUGGGGUGUCUCUGUUACUGGCUCAGGCACUUGUGAUUUAGAGCUGAAAUGAGCUCAUCCAGAAGGCAGGAGAGGUGGGCGCAGCAAUGGCCGUGCCCAGGAAGGGCUGCCAGGAGCCCUUUCUGCCUGGAGCCUGUCGCUCCUGCCUUCUCAGGACUUUCUGUCCAGUGUUCACGAGUUGUGUUUCUUGUUGAGUUAUAGUUUCAUAGCGAGACCUCUCAGUGCCCCCUAGCCUCCCCCUGCCCCGUUUGUAACCCUUGGAGGCUGUCCUGGGCCAGGCAUCGAGAGGGACGCUGGAGACCAUUGUGUCGGCCUCGUCCUGUAACCGCUUCUGUUUUGCGGUGUCAGGUGGGGCGGCCUGAGUGCUGGUCCUUGGCCCACGGGUCCUUCUGUCAGGCCCCAUGGUAGCCAACCUCAGGCCUCUCGGCCCUGGAUGGUCAGGACUGGGUCUGGGGGACCCCUGGCCGGGUGGGAGGGAGAUCAGAGGAACGAGGGUGAGGUGGCAGGAAUUUCAGGGCAGCUUUACAGCAGCGGCGGCUCAGGAGCUGAUGUUGGAGUCCGACAUUCCCUGACUGCGGUGUGAGGAUGGCUCCCACCCCGGGUCUCAACGUGGAGCUGCCCCGUGCCUCCGCACAUACUGGCCUCUCCUGCUUUAGUCUCACAGCUGAAUGUCUUACGAGAGUCACUGCUAGGAACAUUUAAAAAUGUCUGUAGGUCAUUGCGUCAGACCUACCCAGAUCUCUGCCCAUUGAAACAAUGGGAAGCAAGUGAACUCAGUGUGUGUGCCAGCCGUGUGGAUGAGGCUCCACACGCAGCCCCAUCUCCCUCCCCGGGCCUUGGCCCUUCUCAGGAGCGGGAUCCGCCACCGUGGUCAUGGGGUGUCUUCGGGUGUCAUGAAGGAGCUGGGGGUGCUGUAUGUGCACACCCGUUUGUGCACAUGAGUGUGCGCGGGGAUGUGUGUGCAUGCGGCUGCAGUGAAAUCAUGUGACCCACUGCCUUGAUUUCAUCUGAAGUAGUGUUUGGAAGUGGGAGUGGUUUUGUCCAUGUGCCGAUGAGUCCAGAAUUUCCUGUCAUAGCAGGAGGAAAUGUGUGUUUACUGGAAACCAUGUGUCAAGAGAAUUUCUUGAGAGGUGUGUUGUUGGACAAAUGACACCCUUCUUCUCAGCCACUGCACAUCAGUUUCUGAAGAGUGAAAAUUCUGUACCUAUUCUGGAACUGAAGAAUCCUAUGUAAAUCAUCUGUUGCUUAAAUCUGUGAAAAAUGAGGUUUUUUUUUUUGGGGAAAGUGUGCAUUUAUAAGUGUCGUGUAGAAGCAGGUGUUUUUACUGUGUUGAUGUAAUUGUUCAUAAGUGUUCAGUGUCUUCAUUGCAGUAUGAGAUUCAUUAAAAACCCACGUUCUGUAA